AUGGCACGACCGGUGAACAGGCACACCGAGGUCUUUGACGGCCAGGCUUGGCUUGAGAAGAAGCUCGCAACCGGUGGCGCAGUGGGUUGGGACAUGGAGUGGACUCCAGACACCGGGGGCCGUGAGGAGAAUCCCGUCGCUUUGAUGCAGUUCGCAGAUGCGCACACCGCCCUACUCCUACGCACGCACCGCAGUGGCAACUGGUUGCCCAAGUCCGUGCGGGAUCUGCUUCUGUCGAAGAGCUGCCAGAAGGUGACCCUCGGAUACGAUGGCUCGGACCGCCGCAAAGUCCAGACUUCCUUCGGCCUCGAGCCGGAAGGUGUGGUGGACCUUCAGGCCAUGGCCGAAGAUCGGGGCUUCCAACGCAGCAUUGGCUUGAAGAAGUUGGGCCGGGCCUUCGGCCUGAAGAUGUACAAGGAUCCGACCCUUUCUAUUUCCUUCUGGGAGGCCUCCAGCCUUUCAGAGGAUCAGGUGAGGUACGCGGCGGAUGAUGCCUUCUUCACCUACAGCUUGUACGAUCGCCUGCUCAUGUUCCAGGGUUCCGGCACCCUCGGCGCGGAAACGGAGGACGAGAGUUUCGAAGGCCCGGAAGAUCCGGAUGACGAAGCUUCGCUGCUGUUCCAAAAGUUGAAGAAGAGCCAAAAGAACCGCGAAAUGAAGAAGAGGGAGCUGUUUGACCUUGAGGACGAGAUGGCCAAGGAUGUCUUGCACGAGGCCUUCUUGUCUGUUUUGUUAUCAGCCGUAGUUCGCUCCGUAAUGGAUAUCGUGCCGUUCGCAGCGGCCACGGGCAACAACGUGGACGGUGGUAUUGGUGGUAGACAGGAGCAUGAAGCCAACCAGUACUUCUUGCAUUUGUUGCAGGAGAACACUCAGGUGAAUGUGUUCUUGAAUGACCACCGCAUUCAAAGUGCCUUGGAGCAUCGCGCGGAACAGAGACACCGCUUCGCAUUGGACAACGUGUGCGCCGAAGCCAAUGCAUACAUUGCACACCUAGAGGCAACUGCGGAUGCGAAUCAUCGUCAACAGCUAGCAUUUGUGAGCCAAUCAACACACUUGUUGGUGGGGCAACUACACAACGAAGUUCGAGUGCUAGAGACAAUCGCCCGAGCAGAACGACAAUCAGCCAACGAGCUGCAGGCACAGCUGGCACGCGCACAAAGGGAAAGUCAUGAUGAAAGGUCUAUGGCUUUGCAGCUUGAUGCACAUCGAUCCGAGCUGGAAGCAGCAGCACGCACGCUCACUGCGGAAAACAGACAGCAUGAACGCCGUUUCGCGGAAUUGCGCUCAAGCAUCGAAGAAAACCACAGUGAGAUGAUUGCCUUUUUAGGGUCUGAGUUUGAGGAAAAGCUUCAAUGGGAAGAGAACGAGUUUUACCAUAGGCUAACCUCUGAGGUACAGCAGUACGAUAGCUUGGUUGACGACCUGCAGGAUCGGAAUGCGGAGCUUAUAGCUGAGGUCGACUCACUCAGGACUGUCUUGUCGACAGCGGAGAGUAGCCCACCGCAAGGUGGUGCCGUGCCGGUGAAAGUCGAUCCCAGUGAGAGCUCCAAGCUUCAACCAAGCCCACCGCAAGGUGGUGCCGCAGCGACAAGCCCUGCUACGCUUUCCAGCGUGGGAAGUGCCCACGAGGUGAUAAGCGGAGGUAAAGGCGGUAAAGGUGGGGAUAAGAAGGACACUUCCAAGAUUCCUUGCAUCUUCUACCCCAAAGGCACCUGCAAGAACGGUAAGAAUUGCCCAUUCAUGCACAAGGAUGCCGCACCCUCUGUCCCGGCCAAAGGCGAUAAGGCUGGCAAGGACGGGAAGAGAUCGCCCUCCGGCAAGCGCAGGCGACCCAGUAAGAAGAGGCCAAAGAGUGAGGAUAAGCCAGCGGCAUGCUGUUUCUCCCUCACAGCCACCCUCACGGGUGAGCCAUCGACUGAUGCUGGGAAAGUCUACGCAGUAGCAGCCCGCAAGGGCCCUGCCGAAAGCCCCGAACCAGAAAGGUACAAGUCUGCGGAACAAUGCCCACCAUCAAUUCCAGAGGACACCGAAGAAGCUUUGCAGAAUGCCCGACCAUUGAUGGCAUGCUUAGCGGCAAAGUCCUCAGAGUCUGACGGCAGCAAGGAGAGCACGAACAUGAACCUGAAGGUCCAGCUGGCGCGGCAGGAGAUCCCAUCGAAAGGUUGGACGGUCAUCAACGGCAGCCCCGCUGCUAAGGUGGCUCAUUUCCCAAAGACUUUUCGAACACCGGACGACGUGUGGUCUUUGUUGGAGGAUUCGGUCAACAUUGAUGAAUUAGACGGAAUCUAUGGGGAAGUACCUGAAGGGACCAUUGCGACUAUCACAUUGUUUGCUUUGCCUGAAGGGGAAGUUGAGGCGCAAGCCGACAGCGAUGUCGAGCCAUACACUAUGCCAAAGUCUAAGAAGGACGAAGCUUCCUUGAGGGCUGAGGCGGAAGGGGGGGGAUACGAUGAAGCCACAAUUCAGGAACAGCUUAGUGAAGACCUGGAUGAAAUGUUCCCAGAGCUAUUUGGUCCUGAUCGUGACAAAGAUCCUCCGCCGAAGGACGCGAAAGAAGCCACCCGCAAGGGUGAGUCAAAGCCUGAUUCCCGUGCAGCAUUGCUUGAUGAUGUUCCGUUCUCUGUGAAGCAGAAGCUGAAGUCCAGCGCAGCAGUAGCAGCGCAAGAACCACCGUAUGGUUAUGCGUGGAGUGGGGAAUGUUUGGUCAAAAAGAACAACAAGAACCGCCCCAACGCUAUCGAUCAUACUGCAUGGAAGACUAUGUCGAAAAGACAAAGAGCAACAGCGAUUGCAGAGCAUGAGAAGAAGCUACAUGAGGAGAAUGAGGCACUGUGCCGUGAAGCUGUAAAGGGUGAGUCGGAGGAAGUUGUUGUUGACAGUUGCAAUCAAAUGCGCGAUCGCUGUCUUCAGGAUUGGUGGGACGGCGAAACCUACUUCGACCUCGCAGGCCGGGAACAGUCUGAUUUCGAGCUGGCAGUUGCAGCUGCCCGCAAGGGCAAGCCGGUUCGUAACAAGUCUGAGGCUAAAAAGGAGGCGAAGCAGAGCAAGUUCGUUACCUUGUCGCAAGACAUGAAACUACUGAAUGUUGGUACAGCCGAACAAGUGGCGGAUGUGUUCACGAAGCCUUUCACUGAAAAGAACAAGUGGACGCAUGCCUUGAAGCUUAUUGGACAUACAACCAGCGCGAACAUAGCCGGGUGCAAACCCGAGUCGAAGGUUGAGGUCGACAACAAGGUUUCGGUAGCAGCAGCUCCGGAUGCAGCAAAGAUCGUCGAGGACUUCGCUAAACAAUCGUUCGAGGCUAACGAUUACAGCUUCAAGACCUUCGAGAAGCUAGCUGGGCUCAUACGUACCAAUCUCAAGGCAUCAUUGGCAAAACCGCGAUCAUUUAUGGCUUCUGAGAAGAUAUCCAAAUACUUGGUAUUCGGCGCUUGGGUCCAUGGUGGGUGCUUUGGUAUUACCAAUCGCACAAAACAUUAUCCAUGGAUUUGCAGGUAUGUGAAUGAAUUUGUUAAGCGAUCAUCUCCGAAAGGGUUUACAUGGACUUCGUUCGUGUUCAACUUCAAUGGCAAGGCCCGCAUCCACACGGAUAAGUACAAUCAGAAAGAAUCGUACAACCUGACGUUCUCCUUCGGUAACUAUACAGGGGGGACACUGUGGAUUGAGGGCGCGAGCCAGUUGGGACCACCGGGAAUAUACACAGAUGAUCAUGGCAAAGACCACAAAGGCUACAACUGCAAUACGUACCGCAAGCCUACUCUGUUGCAUCCUUCAACAAAACAUGGUGUACAACCCUACACUGGCGAACGACAUUCCUUCAUCGCCUACUCGUCAGGGGGGUACCAGAAGUUCAACAAAAAGCAAAAGCAAUUCCUACAUCAAUCACAGUUCCUCUUGCCUACGGCUCAGUUGAAGCUCCCAGCUCAGAAGGCAAUGGUUUGUUUGAGGUGUGUUGGUUCCCCUCUCGAUGAGGGGGGUAGGCUUAACAAACCGUGUUCUCGUUUCGAAAAUGAUUCGUUUGCACGCACAUCGCUCGAGUGCACAAACACACAACAAGCUGCAAGCCUUGACCAUGAAAUCUUGGCUUCCUUUAUGUGCACGCCUGCCAUUGCAACUUCAGCUGGCUCUGAUCUUCCUGACUUGCCCGAAGCGACUUCUACGAUCCCCAGGAUGGCAGCCAUCGUUGUGAGCGACGAGUUCUGCAGGGUCAACACCUCCGAAGCAGACAGGGCUGGAGUAACCAAGGCCAUGAAAACCCUUCUCCAAUCCGCCGCCCUCAACAACGAUAUCAUUUCGCUAGGCGCCGAUCACGAGAGCCAGCUCCUGGAGUCGGCAUACAGCUGCGUAUCCACACAAUGCGCGGCUGGGGUGUCAUUGACCCAUGCCGACGCGACCUGUGUGGCGCUGCGCCAGAUGGCUGACCUCAGCGACGAGGGACUCGCCAAGUUGAAGCCAACCGCAAGGUUGAGCCCCAAGGCCAAGCGAGCCAUCAUUGUCGUGUCAGACAGCUCCACCGCACUUUGCAAGAAGAACAGACGGGGAGUGUUCGUCAAGGCCGACUUGGAUGCGGAAGUGAACAUCGCAAGCAUGACGCUGGGAUGGGCACAGACUCGCUACACUAUGUGUUGGGGCAAAACCUUGGCGUGGAUUGUCUGGCAGGUCGAGGAACACAUCAAGGAGCUUCGCAUCAACUAUCCGGGCCACACCAUCGACGUACUUUGCUGGUGGUGUGGAAAUGAGAUCUCCGGCCAGUGGGGCUGCAUCCCCACACGGCUUGGACCGGGACUCGCCUACAGAGAUCCCAAUGUCACGACGGAGACCGUCGCCCGGAAGGUGAGAAGGGCCGCAGAUGUUUUAGCCGCCCUCGCGGGCGAGCCGGACAUUGGUUUCGUGAAGGUGAUUGGGCAGGUGGAGGCGGACUUGUUCCAACUCCACUCAGCAUACAACGACUUCAAUGCCGCUAUGUUCGAGGAGUUCAGACAGCGCGGUCUGCAAGUGCAGGCUGCGAGCUACUUGGUCGAAAAGCUGGAAAUGUAUGACAGCUUCCACGCCAGUGAAGAUCCUCGCAACCGCGAGUUAUUCCAGACCUACUUGCAUGCCACUUUCAAUGCAAGCAGGAGCGAGUGGCUUGCCCAGAAAAUGACACCCUGUGUCAGGGCUCUGCUCGCUCGCUAUGAGCACUUCGAGACUGGCUCCGGUGCCAACAACCCGGUGCUCGAGGAUGUCUUCCAGCAGUGGCGUGCGGAGAGGGACCAGCUUAUGAACCCGAAGCAGGCGAAGCCAAUGCCGGUUACCCAGGAGGACAAGAUGUGGGAAGCCCCAGAUGCCGCUGACGCAACCGACGUCACCAAGGUCUCCGAGGGACCACCCAUGGAUAAAGCCAUCCGCAAGGAUGUGCCAAGGAUCGGUGCAACCACUGAUGUGAGUUCUGUUGCGGAGUGCGUCAAUGACAUCGUCACUCAGGACGCAGAUGGUAAGGUAUCCUACAAUACCCCAGGCACGGUGGAGUUGGUUGAUGAGGGAGACCAAGUCGACCCCAUCCCAUCAUCGAUUGGCAGAGUUAUCGAGCCCGCGGCACCCAAGAAGACCAAGAAGUCUGACUGCGAUGAGGACGCCAUGCGAAGGCUCAUGUUCAUCGAUGAAAGCGCCCCGCAAGGGGCUGCCACUGUGCCGGAGCUUCCGAAUGAGUACUUCUACAACGGUGCCAAGCACCUCAUGAAGCCCUUCAAUCCGGAGGACAUUGUAGGAGACAGGCACGUGACUUUCAAACACGGUGACCUGAAGUUCCUCACCAAAUUGCUCCGCGGCCAUGAAUUGGAGAACUUCCCUGCACUGAUCUUUGACCGUGGGUGCUGGACAGACGUUGACACUCUGCUCCAGGUCUUCAACACGGCACGGAACGCACGUUGGGGCCCGCUAUUCCCUGUACGUGUGAGGAUGGCCCAAGGGCAUAACUCCAAGCUUAUCGGCAAUAACCCGGACGCCGACUUCUUCCUCGCGACCAGGUUCUACAGCGGAUUGUCCGAGUUCGACGCUGAUCUGCAAAGCAGCGUCAGGGGGGUCACCGUACUAUCCCGCGAUGACACGCCCUCCAAGCUCUACCAUCGCACGAAUGAGAAGGGCAUGAAGGGCAUCCUCCGCGACGGCAUGAUCGCUGGAUCCGCUAGGUCGGACAGAUCCCACAACUAUCUGUCGCCGUACCGGCUGGACGAUACCAACUACAAAAGUGGUAUGCGAUCCAAUCAGCCAAUUGAGAUGACCAUCGAUACACAGCGAGCAAUCGCCGCAGGAUGUGUGUUCUUCGUCACGGAGACCGAUGGUGUUCUCACUCGCGACAAUGUGCCUCCCGACUGUGUGCUAUCCGCCGUCGACACCAGCAAGAAGAAUAAGAACCUCCCGCUCUAUGUCGCCGAGCCCAAAGAAGCCGCCCGCGAGGGUGAGCCAGAGCGCAUUUUCCGCGCUAAGCGCGACUACGAGGAGGCUGCAACAGCAAGCUCAUCGUCGGCACCGCCUCCAAAGCAGGCGGCUAUCGCUCCCAAAGCGAUCGCUUCCAAGAAGAUGCCGAAGGUGGCUCCCAAGCCCGCCGCCAUCGUCGAAAAGGACGAGGUUAUGGACUUGGAUGAAGCCACCCGCGAGGGUGAGCCUGCUGAUGCUGCUGGAUUCGCUCCCGACGAAACCGAGGUUGAGGUUGAGGUAGAUGAGGGCGAUACGACGGAUGCGGGUGAAGAUGAGCCAUAUCCACUUGGCUCACACCCAUGCCGUGAGUGCGCAGCAGUCGUUGCCAAUGGCAUGCUGUUCUGCCUCCGUUGCAAGGCUCCCCAAACGGAUGACUCAAAGAAGAUCACAAAGCGAGUCUUCGAAAAUUCGAGACUCCGCGAGCGCCUCCUCGCCACCGCAGCAACCGGAGCCCAGAAGCCCAUUGAUGACCUCCUUGCGAGCGAUCUUCGAGGCCUAGGCGACGGACCAAAGAAGCGUGGUCAAAUGAGUGCAGAGGCAGCUGCGAUCCGUGAUGCCAAAGACCGAAAGAUCAGGGCUGCGAAGUUGAACUUUGAUACCGUGUCGGAUCGCUUUGAGAAGGACGCGCAGUUCAACGUGAGGAUGAUGCAAGAGGGCCGCAACUUCGAGGACAUGCAGAAAUUCGACCACCUGUCGAACGAUGUGCUUCCCGAUCCAGGACGCAGCGAGGAGCAGCGCUACUUGCGUGCCGGCUCCCAUUAUGGUGGUGGCAAUGUCCCGCCUGCGAAGUUGGUUUAUUAUGCCCACUGCGAAGUGGAGCCGUUGAGGAACUUGCGAUUCAUCGAUGAUACUGCAGAUGUUCCCAUCGGCUUGACAUACCUCGGCGCAUUCCUCCCUCCGCGACUCUAUGCUGAGGUGGCAGCAGUGAAUGACGCUGCAAAACGGAUCCUGACUUUCGAUGGCGAGGUCUAUGUGUCGGCUACUACAACUGAAGGCAUCACAACUGAGAUCGGCCAAAUUCUUACCGAUAGCCUCCGUAGUGCUCAGAACCAGACAGACCAAACGGAACGUUUGGCAGAGCGCAAUCGCCAGGCUGCAGUCCAGAAUCGCCCAUCCCAAAAGGGACGCGGUCGCACGACAGCACCCGAGCCAAUGUACAGAGGCUAUACUCAGGCCCAGUGGGACGAGUACUAUCGCCAGCGCCGUGGAGGUUACACUCAGGCCGAGUGGGAUGCAUGGAACCGCACCCAUAGGCGCUGA